GGGAGAGCGGGGCCUUCCGGCAGUCCUGACGCUCUGCCCGCGACGUCAUUGUCGGGCAUUUCCGGGAGGGCGGCUGAGGCGACCUGAGGUGAAGCAGGUGAGGCUUGUACGGUAGCAGAGGAGACGGAAGUUGUGGAAGGCGGGCCUCGUAGGAGGUUGUGGGCGCAGGAGGCCUUUGGCGUGCUCGUUGCCUCACUAGGUGGAGCCCAGUACACUGGCCGGGCCUUGGUUCUCUGGGCACCCUGGAGGCAUAGGCGUGAGGGGCGCCUCUGAGCUGCGGGCUGGCGGGGAGACCCUGUGAGCGUCCCAGGUACCUCAGGACUCCAACUCCCAUCAACCUUGGCCUUUGGCCCUGCUGGCUGGGGCUGAUGGGAGUUGGAGUCCAGUGGUUGGGGGUGGGCACACAGAUUCCCCCAGCUGUGCCCUGGAGGCAUCACCCUCAGCGCAGAAUGCCCUUCGCGCCUUAUGCCUGGGCUGCAGACUGCAAGGGCAGAGGUGCCUCGUGGCUGAGGGCUCCUCCACACAAAAGAGCAGCAACCAGAGCAAAGCAAAGAUGACUGCACAAAUAGAGCUAGUGUCCCGGGAGGGAGGUUUGGGCCCUAUCUUUCUUGCACUCACAUGUUUGCUUUCCGCUUGCAGGGAGUUAGGUAGGUUUUGGCUCUAGUUUUCACUGUUUGGCCCUCCAUACAGAAUAACGGCCAUAGCAAUUCUGGCUCAUAGGAAUUACCGUAUUUUUCGCUCUAUAAGACGCACCAGACCACAAGACGCACCAUGUUUUUGGAGGAGGAAAACAAGAAAAAAAAUAUUCUGAAUCUCAGAAGCCAGAACAGCAAGAGGGAUCACUACGCAGUGAAAGCAGCAAUCCCUCUUGCUAUUCUGGCUUCUGGGAUAGCUGCGCAGCCUGCAUUCGCUCCAUAAGACGCACACACAUUUCUCCUUACUUUUUAGGAGGGAAAAAGUGAGUCUUAUAGAGCAAAAAAUACGGUACUCUGCUAGAGAGAACAGUUAUAGCCUGGUCUUCUUGCUCAUCUUUUGGGUGCAGGGAAUUGUUUUGUUCCUGGUCUUCUUGUUCUUGCUGUGUGCUGCUCUGUACACAAGAACUCCUUGCACAUAGAAAACCAGCUUGUUAGAGGGUUUCCAGCUCAGAGAUGUAACAUUUCCCCCAAAAAUAAAAUAGAGCUCUCUGAGGGGUGGGGGACUGAAAUAUUUAUUUAUAUGCAUUUACAGUUCUGUACUAUGUGUUGUCCCUGGAGUGGAUUACGAAGAGUGAUACAACAACUAAGCCACAUCAAGGCAACUUAUUUUACUGUUUUAAUAACAUAAAAUGUACCACAUAAUGGGUAUAAAAUUGAUGUGUUUGUGAAAAUUGUGAAAUUAAAAUGAGAAUCUUACAGAUUUGAGGCUAAAGUGUGGGUGAUAGCUGGUACGUUAUCAAGGACCCUUUCGUCUGUCUGUGUGGGAUUUCCAGUGUUUAAGGCAUGAGGUUUCAUGGCCUGUAUAGUUCUUUGUCAUUCAGGAACAAAAAGCAAAUUGAACCAAGUAUCAGAGCGGUCAUUUGUCACCUUCUAGGUUCCCUUCACUGUGAAUAGGUCUCACCUGCAAAACAGUCAACCUAUCAAGGACAUUUCAAAAAGACUAGGUUUCCCAGUAAUUGCAGUACAUGGUUGUAUGUGUUUUCCUUGAGUCUUGUGAUUGGAUCCGUUCUGCUUUUGUGCCUUUAACAGCACAUUGGUAUUUAGACAUUAGUAAGUGAAGAUAGUUCUCUAAUCCUGUGAAGAAUGCACAAAGACAGGAGAUUUCCUUAUUUUGUUUAUUUGUAUACUGCCUUUUCACCCAUUGAACUUAAGGUAGGGUACACCAGGGUCCCAACUUCAGGAGCUUUCAGAUCAUACCCCAAGAUGAUUAAAAACCCUUUGAGCAAGGUAGUGAAAGUGAAGAACUGAUCGUGCUUGUCUUUCAGCCCACCAAGACACAAUGUCAGAGCUGAGUGAUGAAGCCAGUGAGUCGGAUCUGCUGAAUCUCAGCCUAUCCAUGUGGCAUGGCGCAGGUCAGAUGGUCUGUCGCCAAGAGUUAGAUGUUCCACUGGACCUUCACACAGCAGCCUCAAUUGGCCAGUAUGAGGUGGUAAAGGAGAAUAUUCAACGGUAAGGAGGAGAGGUUUGGGAAGGGAAUAAUACUGUGUUCCUGGCAUUGGGCAAUCAGGACAGAUUAGGGAUUCUGCUACUUUACCGCCCGCCUUGCUGCCCAGCAGUCUCCCUGCCUGAGCUGACAGAGCUGGUCUCGGAGACAGUGUUGAGGACUUCCAGACUGCUGGUUCUGGGAGACUUCAACGUCCAUGCCAAGGCAGCUGGCUCUGGGGCGGCUCAGGACUUCAUGGUCGCAAUGACAACCAUGGGGCUGUCCCAACAUGUCACCGGCUCAAAGCACAUGGCAAGCAAAACUCUGGACCUUGUUUUCUUGACUGGGCAGGAAGAGAGUGAUUUGAAGGUGGGGGGGCAUUGAUAUCAGUCCUUUGUCAUGGUCAGAUCACUUCCUGUUGAGAUUUAAACUGUCAGCAGCUUUUCCCCUUUGCAGAGGCGGGGGACCUAUUAAAAAGGUCUGCCCUCAGAGGCUGGUGGAUCCAGUGGGAUUCCAAACAGCUAUGGGAGGUUUUCCGGCUGAUAUGACUGGCACCCCUGUCGAAGCCCUGGCUGACCCCUGGAACACCCAAAUGGCUUGGGCUAUUGACACAAUCACCCCUGAGUGCCCUCUCCCACUUUGUGAUGCCCGUUUGUUCCCCUGGUAUACUUCAGAGGUUAGGGCGAGGAAACAAGCUGGGAGACUGCUUGAACGCAAGUGGAGGAAAGAUCCGAAUGAAUGCAACCGAACACUGAUAAGGGCUCAUUAUCGAGCCUACCUAAUGGCAAUGACGGCAGCAAAGAAGCCAUACUUUGCUGCCUCCAUUGCAGCCUCAUUACGUCAUCCGGUAGAGCUUUUCUGGGUUUUACGGAGCCUUUUACAGGCUGGCCCAAAGGAGGUGAUAGAACCAACAGUAGCUCGCUGUGACUUGUUUGCAAAGCAUCUUGAGGACAAGAUUGCUUGCAUUCACCAAGACUUUGCUGUUAUAGCAGAUGAAUCUCAUGGGGUGUCCAGAGCACAGUCUAGUCCUGUUGUGUUGGAUGAGUUUCAGUUGGUAAGGCUUGUGGACAAGGUGCUCCGAUCAGUCAGGGCGACCACUUGUACUCUAGACCCUUGCCCCUCUUGGCUGAUGAAAACCAGCAGGGAGGGAACAGCUGGCUGGGCCAGGGAGGUGAUCAAUGCCUCUUUACGAGAGGGGGUGGUCCUUACCUGUUUGAAGGAAACAAUGGUAAAGCCACUCCUUAAGAAACUGUCCCUGGAUUCGGAAAACCUAACUAACUACCAGCCAGUUGCUAAUCUCCCUUUUCUGAGCAAGGUUCUGGAGCAAGUGAUUGCAGACCAGAUCCAGACGCUUUUGGAAGAAACUGAUUUUCUGGAUCCAUUUCAAUCAGGUUUUAGGCCCGGUUUUGGCACAGAAACUGCUUUGGUUGUCCUGUAUGAUGACAUCUGUCAAGAGAGAGACAAGGGAAACAUGUCCCUGUUAAUUCUUCUCGACCUCUCAGAGGCUUUCGAUACCAUUGACCAUGGUAUCCUUCUGGAGUGGCUGUCCGAACUAGGGGUGGGUGGCACCACUUUGCGGUAGUUCCAGUCCUACUUAGAUGGUCAUCCCCAGAGGUUGUUGCUUGGGGAAUGCUUUUCAGCCCCAUGGAACCUUCAAUGUGGGGUUCUGCAGGGCUCAAUCCUAUCUCUUAACAUCUGCAUGAAACCACUGGCUGGGGUUAUCCAGAGGUUCGGAGUCUGUUGUCAGCAGUAUGCUGAUGACACUCAGCUCUAUUUCUCCAGCCCUGCCUGGAGAUGCCAGAAAUGGGAGCCGAGGCAUUCUGCUACAGCCCUUCUCUGCAGAAAAUGAGCACAGCAGGGAGCAGUCUGAAUUAUAACCUUUUCCCCGCAAUGAGCUACUUUUUAGUUCACCAUGUGAUUUUUAUCCAUAGGGGAUUAUUCCAAAAUCCCACCCCACCUUCAGCCUAAAAAAAGAGUCAAUUCUACCACCUCAUUCUGUUGUACAUACACACCAGGCUUUUGUCACUAUGUGUGCAAUUCAAAAUAAUUUUGUGAAACAUGAAGGUGGCUAAAGGCUACCAGAAAACAUUGAAACAAGGUAGUAGUUGAUUAUAUACACGCCCUACAGUUAAAGCACAUUUAUUCCAUUUUAACAGUCGCAACUUCCCCCAAGAAUCCUGGGAACUGUAGUUCAGCCCCCCUCACAAAGCUAUAAUUCCCAUCACCCUUAAAGCAAAGUUCCCAGGAUUCUUUAGGGGAAGGCAUGCAAAUGGUGUGACCAAAAUGCUUAGAAGAAUGCUACUGUCAACCUUUUCACUUGCUACUGGCAAAGUGGGGGCACACAUUGCUACCAGGAAUAUUGGCAAGACUUCUAAAGUUGUUUGUUUCCUUGAGUGAAACGGGCCAGGUUAGGAAAACCUUCAAAAACUAUGUAACUUGCCUGUGAUAAGCUACCCAUGGAACACUAAUCUGAUUCAUGCCUUUCAGUGGGGAGGUAGACCUGAAUCAGCGGAAUUGCGGCGGCUGGACCCCACUAAUGUAUGCAUCUUACAUCGGUCAUGACACCAUUGUGCGCAUACUGCUAGAGGCUGGCGUGAAUGUGAAUGUACCAACACCAGAAGGGCAGACUCCACUGAUGCUGGCUUCUAGCUGUGGAAAUGAGAGCGUUGCUGCCUUCCUCCUUCAGGUGGGUGUACUUGGCAAUAGCUGCGAAAGGCACCAACUGUGCAGUCUAAAGAUAUCGCGCAUGACUAAGAGGUGGAACCAAAGGUGCAAACAGGGCUGUUCAGGGGUGGUUGUCAGUGGCUCCCAUUAAGUUCUAUGGGACUAAGGAGAAGGGUGGCAAUCUCAGACACCAUGAGUGGCUGUGAGAUAAAGCUUGCUGUCCUCUUUCAUAACCCCUGUAGGGUGCAGCAGCAUGAUAGGAUCCUUCAAAGUCUCGAGUCUACUCAAAGUUACAGGCUGUUGCUUCAUAGCAGUGAUUAGAGUGCCUUCUCAUCAUUAAGACUCCUGUGAGGUUCAGUGGUAAAGUUUUCAUUACUGUGAUAUGUUUUAUAUACCCAUUCUCCUCCACCCCGGGUAUUUCGAAUGUCCAGGGCUGUGCCCUUACUUUACAAAUAUUCCUCUGUUUUAUCAGGUUGCACAUUAAGUUUAUCUUAUCUAGGUUUUCUCUGCUGCCUCUGAGGCGUCUCUUUCCCAUCCCAGCUUUCUUCAGAUAUGCAGGAGCAGAGCUGAGUCAGCAUCUUCAGGUGACUCUGGCAGCCGAGUCUCACCCUCUCUGGCACAGCCAUGUCAGAUCUGGUGGAGUGUGAGAGCUAGAGCUGUUUCCAGUCACUCCUCCACACCUGCCACUCACCCCACACACUGAAUUGGGCAGGGGCAGGAUCCUGUUCGAAUGAUUUUUCUGAAUGCAUUCAGUCAGUCAGUGAAUAAAAUUGAUGCAAUAACCCAGAAUAAAAUGGGAACACUCUGCGACUGUAAGUGGUUUGCUAUUAAAUUGCUGUGAGAAGAGCCUUCUCUGGGUUGCUGCUCUUUUCACCUGGUUAUGCUGUUAGCAUAAUAGAAAAGUGGUAUAGAACUAAGAAGCUAAAAGUAACCUGGUUGUAAAAUUUCUGCCUGAAAUAAGCGAUCUCCUCCUCUGUUCAUUAUGGUGAGCUCUUGUUUGUACAGAAAUGCACCCUGGCUUCAGUGUCACAGGCAGUAGGUGCCCUGCCUUAACGGCCCCUCUGUAUUUCUUUGAAGCAAGGUGCCGAGUUGGAGAUGAAGGAUAUCCAUGGCUGGACUGCCCUCUUCCACUGCACCAGUGCUGGCCAUCAGCAAAUGGUCAAGUUCUUAUUGGAUAAUGGAGCAAAUGCGAAUUGCAGGUAAGAGAGAAAUGGGCCUGUGAAAGGCCUGCUUUUUUGUUUGUUUGUUUCAAAUAUCUGACGGUAUUUUAAGGGGAAGAAGUAGCUUAGCUUUCAUAGAAAAAAUGCUUUCAUGAUAGAUGCAAAAGAGGGGGAAACAUAGGCAGUCACACUGCUGUACUCUUGCAUCUAGAUUGUGUGUAGUUAAGCCGUGAGUCCCGUAUGUGACGGACAUCUCCAGUAUGCUUCUGAGUACCAGUGGCUGGAAACCUCAUGAGGGGAAACUUAUUGUUCUCAGCUCCUGCUCGUGAGCUUCCCAUAGGCAUCUGGUUGGCCACUGUGAGAACAUGAUGCAGGAUGAGAUGGGCCACUGGCCUGAUCCAGCAGCCUAUUCUUAUGUGCAUGUGACAUUAUUAUUAUUAUUAUUAUUAUUAUUAUUAAUUAUUUAUACAUACAUACAUUUAUACAUACAUACAUACAUACAUACUUUUUUUAUUUAUUUAUACAUACCCUGCCCAUCUGGCAGAGCCACUCUGGGAGGCUCCCAACAGAAUAUUAAAAGCAUGAUAAAAUAAUACAGAUCACCAAUGUUUGUAACACUCUUGGGCAGGAGCUGGAAGGCCUUUGGCACACAGAUUAGGUGUGGCCUGCCUUCCUCUUCUACAUUCCUGUCACCUUCCUGGCUCAGUAGACUAGAGGUAACACCCAUCCAGUCAUCCCUGGUACAGAAGCUGCAUUGUAGGUGGGCACUAAAACAGUACUUUGGGGUUGAUCAGCAAAGCAUUUGUCAAAAAGGUUGACAACUCCUGACUUGGAUAAAUUGAACUAAACUUUGCCUGCUUUGAAGGUAGGGCAAAAAAAACCCCAGCACAGUGCAUGAAUUGAAGGGGGUAAAUGUAUUGGUAGGAGGAGUUACGCCUAAAGCAAUACAUUGGUUAAAAUAGGUUCAGAUAAAAUCUUGCUCAGAUUUUGGCCCAGGCUGGCUAACUGACGAGUCGGAUCUCCUUGCCUUCAGACUUUCUAGGCAGAUGAUGAAUUUUCCAUUCUUUUUGAUGUAAGAGAAAUGGAGCAUCGAGGAGAGAUUUUCUGACUGCUCUCUUAAAAAUAAUUAGUAACAAGAGUAAACAUAUUUAUCUAAAAUCUUACAUUCCACCAGUUUUGCUUGUAAUAGCUAUUUCUUCUGGAAGAGGGUAAAAGUACAAACAACUUUUAGUUGUGGGCAUAGGCAGAUGUGGAGAACAUAUUGCAAGGGGCAGAUUUUCACAAACUUGCGCGGGGACUAGUGAGAUGACCUGGUGGCAAGACUGAAUCUGUGCAUGCUAUGCUGUUGUUGGGGUUCCAUUCUUUCCUUUUCACUUCUACAAAAAAAAAAAAUAGUACUUGGUUCUCUUUACUCUUUCCUUAUCAAAUCUUACCUCUCAAUUCAUUCUUCUGAGAUUCUUCUCUUCUUUAUCUUGCCUAUUGCCUUGAUGGCUCAUUUUCAAACUUUCUCUUCUGGCUUUAAUGCCACCCCCUGACUACUAAAAAAAAGCUCUCAGUGGACUCUUUCUUCUCCUCUUAGGACAUGAAUCUCAUGUUGCUUUCUCUACAGUAUUCCUUCCAUCUCAAUAACCAAAAAUGUGUUUUCUGAGGUGGGUUUGAUCCAUAUUCCUGGAACAGUCUCAGAAUCCAGAGUGCCAUCAGCUUGUUUGUUUUGCCAGAAAGAACCAUUUCCUUCCAUGGAGCAUAUUGGGUGGAAACUCCAGCAGGAAAAGUUCAUACUUCUGACACAGUAACUGGUAAUUUAGUUUUGAAGACAAACCAUCAGACUGUAUUGGCAUCGUUCCCAGUUUUUCUCUUCAGCUGAUGUUUUAAGAGAGCACUAUAGUGGGCAUUCCAUAUACGAAAGGAUUAUUUUUUGUUUUUAAUAUUAGCUAUGGCUCUCCUGGCCUAGCAUAUCGGAGAGAAAACCAAGCUAGAACUCAUCUUCUCAACACACUAGUAUUUUGUGUGGAAGACAUUUUCUUGAAUGGAAAUGUAUUCAAGCAUGUGAGACCCCACCUGCAAUUUGAGGUGGUACAACUUAGGGGCACAUUUGCCGCUCACCAUUAACUCAGCCUAAGUUUCCUGUCAAUAUGAGAAGAGAAUGAGGGGUGGCAAGGCUUCUCAAAGUAUUGGAUUGGGCCAGGCGCUUCAGUUGGUAGCCCAUAGCUUUCAGCAGAGAUGGGGAACCUGUGGCCCUUCAAACUCCCAUAAGGGCCAGCCAGCAAGGUUAGCAUUCAGGGAUGGUGGGAUUUGUAGUCCAACAUCACCUGGAGGGCCACAGGCUCGCCAUCCCGGAGAUAGAGCUUAAAAUAUGUAGAGCACAAUUCAAGAACAAGCCUGACACAGCCAACAGGUGGAGCCAUGGCUCAGUAGUAUGGAACCUGCUCUGCAGGUGGAACAUCCCAGGUUCAGCCCCUUAGCUGGAGGCCAGCAGAGCCAUUGGCAAAGGCCAACCCCAACCCCUUGAAGAGCACCGCUUCUCAGGGUCAGCAUUACUAUGCUCAGUGGACUGGUGGUCUGAUUCUGUGUAAGGUCGCUUUAUUUAUUCAACCUGGAAUGUGGUGUGAAAACCAAGGAGUCCCAAGAUCUAUGCCUCUAGGGUUGCCUGCCCUUGGUACUUUUCUCCCUGCUUCCUCUAGCUGUGGAUGACUAGCAUGCCCCCGUUGCGUUGAUGACUGCCCCGUUUUCUGACUUGAGCCUUUCAUGGGCUAUAUAUUUCUGUUGUCCAGGGAGCCCCUUUAUGGAUAUACUCCUCUGAUGGAAGCAGCUGCAUCUGGCCAUGAGAUCAUUGUCCAGUAUCUUCUCAAUCAUGUAAGUGAGUGUUCAUUUCUCAGGUGGUCCAAGGCACCUUUGGUUUCCCUUCUCCGCAACCAAUUGUGCUUCCCAGUAUGCAGAAAUACCGCCAAUUUGAUAAGCCACUAUAUUAAGAAAGCUAAAUCUUGAUUCGAGGCUAUUUCUUUCAAUGAUUGCUCUUGAUUAUUGCCACAGGAGGGGAAAUCAGAGAAGCUUCACAUCCAUGCAGCUUCUUCAGCAUGUUCCCACGCCUAGAUCCGUGCUGGAUGCUCCCGUUGAUCUGCCUUCAUGCAUAACAUUUCUUUUAGGAUGCCUUAAUUAGAAACAUUGUCCGCUUCUUUCCUCCUCUUGAGAGAUACCAUGCUUUUGAAACCAGUCUGAAUCACUCUGUGCAGUUAAUUCACAUUCAACAUGAAUAGCACUUUCUGUAGCAGCCUCUUGAAAUGCUAGCUCUUUCAUUCAGCAUCACAUCUAGACCUUCUUCAUAGUCAUCCUGUACAUGUCUUAUUAGAGGGAGGGAAUAUGUCGGGUCAAUCAAACAAGGGUGUUCAUGUAGGCCUUUCUUCUGUUGAUAAAAGUGGGGUGAAGAUGGUUGAAAGGGAAGGGUUGCAUCUAUCGCAUUUCUUUCCUUUCCCCAAUGGGAUUUGAGAGCUGUGAAAUGUACAGAAUAAAGCCUUUUUUGUAUAUAUCUCCCCAACAGCUGCAGCACACAAAAGUCUUUUCAGAAAAGGCUUCUUUAUAUAGAGCAUGUGUAGACCUUUGGAUUUUUAUGUGAUUCUCAUGCCUACAUGCUUGUCUACCCAUUUUUUUAAAAAAUAGUAUUUUUAAUUGUCAUGGAGGCUUUUUCAAGUGUUUGAUUUCACAGCCUAUAAAACUAGUUUUUAAUAGGCUGGGUUCAUUUGUUCAGUGUUGGGUUAGGAAGUCAUACACUCCCCCCACCCACACACCUUCCUCAUUUCUCCCAGACCUUUUCCUUUAAUCGUUGAUGGAAUGCUGCACUAGAGACAUCCAAGGAAGAGGGGAGGAUGCUAUAGCCUGUUACACAUCCGUCCAAAAGUGGACACUCCACAUUCUGUAACUGCCUGCAAGUAAACUUCAAGCAGUACUGGAGAUAGUUCAUUGACUUUCCAUCAUUAGGAUGAACUUGUGUGUCCAUCUUUCAAAACACACCAGACAGCCUGGAUUUAGUAUUGAGAAUGCACUGCAAUAUUUUGUCGCAGAUCCCACUUGCCUCUGCUCUCGUGCUUCAAAAGGGAUCAGGAGCCCGACUCGCUGGCAUGCAGCCUGGUGCUUCUCGUAGCCAUAUCUUGUCCAAAGAGCAGCUGGAGUUCUUGAAGCCUGAAAUUCAUACAUUGACCACAUAGUGGUGCCAUUUGUAUAGCACAAAUGCAAGCAAAGAUUUCUAACUUUGUGCCCUGAAAACUGCUUAAUGUUCAAAGCUAAAUUAUUUACUGAAUUUAUGCCCUGCCCGUUCUCCCUAAGGAGUCCAGGUUGGCUAGAGCACAAAUGCGAUGGUGAUGGUGGGUAUGCAGAGCCUUGCUGGUGGUGCAAAUCCUUUGGUUGAUUCUUCAGGGACACAGCAUGUGAAAAUGCACUCUUGGGUUCGACCACACAGCCCCUUGGAUCUGUUUAAGCCUCCCUCCCCUUUCCUGUCGGCAAAAUUUAAUAAUGUCUGCUUCCUCCCAACAGGGUGUGAGAGUGGAUGUACGCGAUAGCACUGGGGCGACGGCACGGAUGUUGGCCAUGAAGUAUGGACACAUGAAGAUUGUGGGGCUCUUAGACCUGCACACAGCCCCUGUGCCCAAGGUCUUCUGCAGGGGCCCAGGUGACUCUCACGUCUCCUUAUAGUUUCGCAUGGAAAGGACCUUUCAGCUUGCUUAGGCAGAAACUUUGCUUGCUGCCUGCAUUUCUAGUCACUGACUCCCAUCUUUUCACUAGACCAGUGCUUCCCCCUCCCGCCCGCCCCCUCCAUGGACCAAUUGACCAAGGAUGAGGGUUGUGGCAAAGCAGUGGGGAAAUCGCAUGACAGAUUUAGUGAGCAUGGGGCAGGGGAGAAGGAGAAGGAGUGGAUGUUCCUUGGCACUGCAGAACUAAUUAGCUGGAUGCUGCUCUUGGAAUUUAAUAUCUGUAUGCACUCUGCGUCCACUGACUUGAUGCAUUUUGACACUUAGGAAAGUAUGAAGAUCUCAGCUCCUCCGACGAAUCCUACUGUGCCCCUCAGAGGCAGAGGCCUGCUCGCAAGUCCAAAGGCCCCAGUAUUCACGAAGGACCCCACGCUCUGGCCAAGAUCACGGCGGUCAGAAUUGGAGUGAAAAGCCCAUCUCGUUAUGGUGAGUUCAGGCUCACUUCCUCUCUCUCUAAACGGGUAGCUUCCUCUUGUCCUGCGGCUGAUUACUUUAUCACCCUCCUUCCCUGAACACCAUUUUCAGGGAAGUGCUGUAGCUUGGUUGGUAGAGCAUUGGCCUUGCAUGUGGAAGGUUCCAGGUUCAGUCCCUGGUGCCUCCAGGUAGGGCUGGGAAUGUCCUCUGAAACCCUGGAGGGUUGCUGCCAAUCAGUGUAGACCACACAGCAAGAUGGACCAAUGAUGUGACUCAGUAUUAGGCACCUUCCUAUGCUCCUAUACUAAUGAACUUGGAACACAGCUGCUUGCUCUCUGGAUUCUAUUUUUAUUUAUUUAACAUAAUUUGUAUAGCGCUUAAUUUUAAAUAAAACUUCCAAGCAAGCCUCUAAACCUCCGUAGAGCUGUAACGUUAUGAGCUUCAGCAGAAGAAAAAGCAAGAGGCAGUACUGAACCUCUUGGUUGGUGGGGGGAAAGAUAAGCCUCUUCAUUUAACCUCUCAACAAAUAAAAUCUCUCCCUUUCCUUUUUUCAUUUGUUCACCUCUCUCUCCCUCUGCCCCCCUUUUGCACACAGAGCAGGUCCCUCCAGAAGGCUAUGUUACCUUUAAUGAUGAUGGGAGUGCCUUUGAAGGAGGAGAUCUCCGCUACAGAGAUGUCACGUCUCCCAUCAAUGAGCAUGAUGUGGAAAGCAGCAGCAGCCGGGGUACCUUUCUUAAACACAAUUUUUAUUUUAUACUGCUGUUCAUUUUUAAAAAAUUUUUUGAAAUAAAACCAUACAAUAAAACCGUGUAAAUAAAUGAAUCAGAAAUCAGCUAUUAUGAAAUAUGUACGCUUAAUUGCCAGCAUAAACUUGAGGGAAUAAAACAAGUUUUCAGCAGGCCUUUAAAGGUUGAAAAAGAAGGCACCUGCUGAAUAUUGGCAGAGUAUUUCACAGGAGUGAGCCAGUUUCUUGUUGCUGUUGGGUGAGCCCGGCCAACUCUGGGGACUUCCUGACGUAAUCACUUUCUAUUGCGGUAGUGUAUGUUUUGCGUUAGAAUAGGUAAUCCACAAAGUUGCCAUCAGUAAACAUCUAUGAGGCCUGAAUGUGAAACUUACUGUUUCAUGACUUCUGCCUAUUUCAGAAGAGAAUUCCCUCUUCACCAAUAACUUAGCCACCAUCAGGACCAGCAGCAGCAGCGAAAGUCUUGCCAAAGCUGUGGGGGUCAGCAGCGAGGGCUCUCUGGAAAGCAACGAGGUAAGUCUUUUGCUAUCAUUCAAGUUAGAAGAGCCUGGAGGACCAAAGUUUCCCCACUCCUAGUGUAUAGAAAGAAACCUUGGCUCCUCAAAUUAGGGAACCUCUGUUUUCUGGUUUUCUGGCGUCUCCCCCAGACCACACCCCUCACCAUGCCUGCUUCGCAUCUUCAAAUUUUGUUCUGUUUUUGCUUGGCUGCAAUGUGUCGUUGAACCAGGAUAAUUCCUCUUCCUUUGUUUGUACAAGAGUUUGUAGCCAACCGUACAAAAGUUAAAUUCGCAUCUGUUUCUUGGCUCUAGCACUGCCUACCACUGGCAUGUGGCCCCCAAGAGGUUUUCCAUUUGGAAAUGUGGCUCUUGGGUUCAGAAAGAUUCCCUACCCCUGCCUUGUCUGUGGGUGGCUGGUAAGGGGCUUUUGUUCAGGCAUCUUGGGAAGCUGGAGUAAGGAUUCAUUUGUCCUUCCGUGGUGUUGGAUUUCUCCUCCCAUUGCCUCUGCUUUCUCUGCUUUGGUAAGAGGAGCCUCUCUCACUUCCGUUCUUCCUGCUUUAUAAUGUAAGAGUACAGAUUCUUCACAUCAUGAACAAAAGGAUAAUGAUGUCCUUGUAUCCGUUUGAGACUUGGAGCUGCGUCGUGUUCCUUCUUCUCAAAACACGCCACUACUUUAUAUUUUCCAGGAUUCAGACCAUGAAACAAAGCUCUCCAUUCGAAAGCACCCCAAGAGCUACAUGAAGGCAAAGAAUCGCUGCAGCAACAGCGACAGCCACUGGUCUUACCGAUCCCGGGUGUCCAGCCAUCACUGCAGCCCCUCUCACACAGAGGCACCAUCUUACACGGGGCCCCAGGUAACCAUGGCAUAGUGGUCAGAAAACCGUCUGGGGUGGACAGGGGGAGGGACAGAGGGAUGGACAGAGGAGCUGGUGUCAGAGACAGUCCUUGUGUAUUAGGUGCCGUGUUAAAUUGCAGGGGGCAAGGUGGUGCUAAAGGCCUAGAGGGGCAGAGAUCCUGAUGAAGCUGGAAGCCUGGCUUACAACAUGCUGUGAUGCAGCUAGAGUCUCUCAGCGUUUAAGAGUCCUGAACUUCUCCCUCUUUUUUGUCCUCUGUGCACUGCCUGGGCUGCAGGAUCUGGCCACCUUCCUUGAGCAGAUUGGCUGCCUGAAGUACCUGCAAGUGUUUGAGGAGCAAGACGUCGACCUUCGCAUCUUCCUGACCUUGACAGAGAGUGACUUGAAAGAGAUUGGCAUCACGUGAGUCCCUUUCUUUGCUGGCUGGCUGGAGGCUUAGCUUUGAAGUGCUGUCAUAUAAUCAGGAACAUAGGAAAUGACCCCAGGAACAACAUGUACCUUCCAACCAGAGUUAUCGAGAACUUUGCUGUCAUUGUUAGCAGAAUCCUGGGUCCCAGCUGGCAAGGCUGCUGUGCAAUUAUUUAUUCUCAGUUCAAUAUAGGAAUAGCUCCCAAAGAAUUUUUAAUGCUCUCUCUUAGAAAUGUUUUUUUUUCCUGCUCUAUGUUGUGCAGACUGCAUAACCUGGACAGCUGCCCUUGUCAGUUGUGUAUAAUCUGCAAUAUUUUUGCAGAAUGUACGCAGUUGUGUGGCAAUACUGCACAAGCGCAGAAGCUAGCUUCCUGAGAAUUGCAGUUUUCUCAUUUUCUUUUUUUAUCUUUCUAGUCCAUAUUACUUCAAAAGUAUAGCCCAAUGCUUUGCAAAAUUUCAGGGCUGAGCAUGUUUUCCACUGCUUCUGGGGGAAAGGCUGCAGUACCCAAUGUAGCAUAGCCCAUCUCCAGCUUUGAGUCAGGCAGAAUAAAUUGAACAUAAUAUAUGUAUGUUUUCAGAAUGGUUUUCUUUGCGUUUUUUGAAAGCAUAGUAAACACUGAUCUAAUUGAAGCUCCCAUUAUGUGUGAAUAUCUAUUGUUCACAUUGAUCUCUCUUUGGGUCUCAGCAUGUCUAGGAAAAUCAGGGUGGUUCUGUUUUGCCUGCAGACUUCCCCAGUGAAGGAAGGGAGUAGCAAAAGGGAGGCGGUACCUUUGCUGCUAAACCUUUGCUGCUUUUUCUCCCCUGUAGCCUCUUUGGACCAAAGAGGAAGAUGACCUCUGCCAUUGCUCGAUGGCAUAGCAGCGCCCGGCCUCCCAGUGAUGCCCUGGAGCUGGCCUAUGCUGAUCGCCUGGAAGCAGAAAUGCAGGAACUGGCCAUUCAGCUCCAUAAGGUAAGGAAGCUGGCUUCUUAAGCCCAUUGAGAAGCUUCUGCCUCAGGCCAAGCGAACCUGCUUCUGCAUGGGGAAUGCACUUGUCCCUUCCUAGUCAUAGAGGAUGUCCUUGUUCGUCUGAAGUUGCUUGAGAAAGAUACAGCAUCAGACAAACAGCUAAGAGACCUGAAACUUGAUGGGAGGAAUUUAUUUUUUUCAUGCAGUGGAGAAGUAGAAAGGUGAAGGAAUAUUGGGAAAUGAUUUAUAAUGAGUUGAAAAAAAUUUUUAAUUUACCUUCCCCCCCAAAAAAGAGUCCCUUUCGUUGGGAAUAACCCAGACAGAAAUUCCCAGGUGCCAGAACAGUUUAUUUAUGUAUGCAACAACAGCAGCCCGUGUUCUGUUAGCCCCAAAAUGGAAGUGAGCAAGGUCCCUUGUAAAAAGGAUUGGCAGCUUAAGAUGUUAGAAUAUGCAGAACUUGCGGGUUUAACACACAGAAUAAGAGAGCAAGAAGAAUGUAUAUAUUUAAAGAAGAAUGGAAAAUAUUUAUUGAAUAUAUGGGAAAUAAUUGUACACAGCUGAAAACGCUGGCAGCUUUAAGAUAAAUUCAACAGGAGUAAACAAUAUUUGACUGAUGUAAAAGUGGGAAAUUGAUGUGAAUGGUUAUAGUAAAGCAUGCAGGAGACCAUGAUAUGCAACGUGAACCAUGGAAGGAAGUCACUGGAUAUUUUAAAGUUUGUAAAAUGUUUAAUCUGAAAUGUAGAAAAACGAAAACUCAAUAAAAAAUUAUAUAUUGAGAGAGAUCUGAAACCUGGUGCGAUUGGAAAGCCUUUGGCAAGCUAGUACUACCCCCCAAACCCAAACUCAGUUUGAUAGUAAAGUGAAGCAGAGGAACAGUUGUUGGCCAGAGUUUUGUGGGAGUUCUUAAAAUCCUUUGGAAUUCACAAAUGUGGACCUUUGUCUCUUAGCAACUUUCCCCGUGUUCCCUUCCAGAGGUGCGAGGAGGUAGAAGGGCUGAAGGGUCAGGUGUCCCAGGAGCAGGAGCUGCGUGCCGUGGUGGAGAGCUGCUUGAUGGAGCAGGAUGUGGUCUGGAGCAGUGCUCAGGCCAAACUCCGAGAGGUGCAGGCCAUCGCCAGGAAUGCUGGAAUCCUCCUAGAACAGAUGCAGUGAGUGCCUCCAACAAAGGUCAAACUUUCUCGCCAUUUCUUUACACUCCCUUCUCUGUAAGCUCCUUCAUCUCCUCAAGUUAAGCCAGCGUGCCACUUGUAGGAUUCUGAAUUGGGGGGGAAGUCCAGGCACUCGGUGACAAUGACUGCCAAAGGCUUGUGGCUUCGUGUCUGGAAAUUCAUCCUUCCCUCUUGUUCUCAGCCUUAGCUGCCUAAUGUGGGAGUUGCAUCCAUGAUUCUAAAAAAGUGCCAGCGAAAAGCAUUGGAUAUGAUUUCAGUGCAACGUGUUAAGAAUCCUGUUUUUCAUUUUUUAAAAACUUUACAAAAUAAACACAAGUUUCCAGCCCCUGGGGUUUGUGAUUACAUCCAAGUGUGUGGGUACAAUGCCUGGUUCAAUCGUAGGAGCCGCAUUGUUUCAAGCUGUGUGCCCAAACCCACAUGUGUAUCCAGCACUCACAUGUAUUCCUGUACACACCACCAAGAGGCUUAGGAGCUUUUGAUAGAGUUAUAUCAUGUGUUUGUUAUGAAUGUAGUAUUAUGCCCCAAGAAGUGCUCACCUGAGGAAUAAAGCAUGAAAAGGACAGUAUACGGAUGCUGCUUCAAGCAGCAAAAUUACACUACAAGUCGGCAGCAACUCAGAGUAUACACACCUUGAUCUAAAGAGUAUAGAAGGAUUCCUGCCAAAAGCCUAAAGAGAAAGUGAGUGGGACAUUUGCCACAGCAGAGAUGACUAAAUCGGAUACCUACUUGCUGAGGGGCUUUAUCCCUUUCCUGCUCCUGCCGUCUCAUUGGCAGCUAGGAAGACCCAAAUGAUUUGGGUGGAACAAUAAAUGGCAGAAUUCUCCAACAUGUAUGCCUUUUUUACACAACCUGUAUAAGCGGCAGAAUUCACCUUUUCAGGUAGUAGCAUCUGUAGCGUGCAAAUGACCCUGGAGUUAGGAAGAUGGUCAGGGGAUAAAUUCCCUUUGUCCUAACUCUCCUCUCCUCUUUAGUUCUGUCUUAGGUGCUCAGUGCUGAUGCCUCAUUUUUGUGGCGGUGGCAUACCAAGGUUUACCCCACUGCUCUAGGAUAUUUGUGUGGCACUUGAGACUACGGCACUAUCCUGCUUUCUUGUGCUCUACUUUGUGCGGUUUUUAUUUCUUUUCACAGAAUCCUGCUGACAGUAUUUUGGUUUCUCUGGUAGGGCCUGUCAGGCAGAACUGUCUUCCCGAAUGAACCGAGAGCAUCCGGCUGGCCGGUUGUUGGAAGCGAAAGCGCAGCUGGGACCCAGUAAGUGGGCUGUUCUAGUGCAGGAUGUGAAACAGGUGGCCCUCCAGGCGUCUCUGGACUCCAUCAGUCCCAUCCAGCACGGCCAGCAGUCAAGGAUGUUGAGCGUUGCAACCCAGCAACAUCUGUAGGGCAGUAGGUUCCCCAGCCUUGUGUCUGUGUGCAAGAGAGAGAAAAGGAAGUGGCUUCAGAGGACAGGCUUAUUUUUGAGCCCAGUCUGCCUUCAUCACCCUUUCACCUUCCCCAGGUCUCAGCUAUUUCAUAUGAAAAAUGCAUGGAGACUGACUGCUGCUUUUCCUUACAAGUAAAAAGGCAGUCUCUCUCUCUCUCUCUCUCUCUCUCUCUCUGUGUGUGUGUGUGUAUGUGUGUUCAACCACACCAUGACAUAAAAAUUUGGAAGACUAUUCAGUGCCAAAUCCACCACUUCAAGUUGGCAGUCCCUGGUUCAAUCCAUUGUCCUGACUCCUCUCCCCUCCCCCCCAGUGUUUGCUUCCGCCCCACACUCUAUGUUUGGGCCAAUGGGUGCUGACCCACAAUAUGCUGAUGCUUUGUGCCCAUUCUGCUUCUUUACCCUAGGCACAGAAGGAUGGCCGUCCUCCUUGAAGGUCCUCAGUCUGCCUGAGCUCUCGGCUCUUCUGGAGCAGUGCUGGGGGGAAAUGGGUAAGGUUUGAAGAUUAUCAGAUGCUCAUGUUCCCCUUGUUUGGCACCAGUUGGUGGGUGUAAAGUCUAAGUCAAAUAACGGGCUUGCUGUUUCCCUUCUCCCCUGCAUUGAAGAACAUCUCCAUCCCUUGGCACCUGUGCUUAUUAUAGCUUUUCUGUGUCCCCAGGGAAGGCUCUUAGUUCUGUCAACCUUAAUCUCGAGAGCCUGCAGAGUCUACAGAAGGGCAAGCCGCCCCAGAAAUAGGCCUAGGAGUGGAGGAAGGUAUGUAGUGGAGCGCUGUUGAAUGAGAUGCAUGUCUGUCUGAGAAGAGAGAGCACUUGGUAGCAAAGUAGUAUUCUGCUUUCAAGCUCUCUGUCCGCUCUCCUCCAAGGUCAGGGUUGCGUAAAGGCAUAUCUGUGCGGCAAACAUUAUACUGGUUUAUACUCUCCUCCCCCUCCCCAGAUCCUCAGGAUUCCUAGUUGUUGCUCCCCACUGACAGUCUUUCUACACAACUCAUGCCUGAUUGAGAGCCAUCGCAGUAUAAAAAACCAAGUUUUCGAUCCUGCUUUAAAAUGGUAGCAGACACGAGCCCCAGCAAAAGCAGUGUCAUCACCCUUGUAAAAUGAUGGUUACUCGGGCAGUGGUGGCUGGCACCCAUUGGGGCUGGUUGGGUGGAAGGCAGAGAGCAGAGAGCCAACAAUGAGGAACAGAGUGAGGUAUCCCUAGCUGUGUCCCCAUCCAGGCAAUACCACUCUCCAGACUGGUUUUCAGUAAAGAGUUAAGCAAGUGGGGGCUGACUGAGAGCAGACUGAGGAUGGUGGGGCAGUGCAGUGGCCCUAACAAGGUGGAAAAUCAUGACAGAACCAGUUUAUCAUUUGUAUUAUGGAGAAAGGGGAUGCCGAACCUGAUGGAACUUUGGUCCAAUCCAGCAGGGCUCUUGAGUUUUUUGGAUGCAAACAUUUGCAGCUAGAGCAACUUUUGAAUUAAUCGCCCCUGUCACCACCACUUUGAACAACUGGCCAAAGUCCAUGCAGCACAAGUGCUCAUGCUUCUGCCUCUUUUUUGUUUCCUGGGUGUGAUUGUUUUUGCAGAGGUUCUGACGUCGGGUGAAUGUUCCACCCAGAAGCUGUGUUUUACCUGCGGAGGAAGCAUGAGUGAGUGCGAGAGAGAGAGAGAGAGAGAGAUGGCAUGGCGGCACAGGUCAUCUGCAGCGAGAGCUGCCAGUGGCUGUCCUAGGAAAGCAGGUGUGCCAUUGUAGAGAAGGGAGGCCAGGUCUGCUGUGCUGAAGAAGGACCAUGGCACCUAAAUCCUGCUGGAAGAGCUGGAAGCAAAGGGUUCUCUCCAAGCUUGGAAGUUCCAAGGCGGGCAUUUUGUGUCUGCAUCUCUUGCUGGAUAUUCUGUUUGUUUUGGCAACCAGGUUCCUCUCCAUUGGUCCCCUUCCCUGUGCCCACGUGGGAGGAAAGAUGAGGCAGGUGGCGGCCAGGAGAUCCCACGCUUAGAGGGUUUUAUCCUUUGGAGGUUACCUGUUUGGGGGAUGCAAGGACUUCUGUGUCCUGCCCAGCUGCAUGGAGGCCUGAUAUAUACCUGAGCUGGCACUGCAAUGGUGGGGAGGAGGCUCCAUUAUCAAAGCCCAUUGUUUAAGAAAGAAAGCAAUCCAAACACACACACUUUUUCAAUGAAAGUGCCUCCGUAGUAGCAACCACUGGGCCUCUCCUAGCCUUUGAUUCUUCCAGCAGGGAACUUGUGGCUUUAUUCACAACAACUUACAGUGAGAUAGCACCUCUCACCGUAGGCGUGAAGUUAUAAAACUUCCUGCUGUCUUGACUUGGGGUGCUCAUGGCUUGGCCGGGAAAAUCUCUGAGUUCCAGCAACCAAAGACCACAACUUACAGGGAUUGCUUAUCCUGGGAUGUGCAAGAACUCAUGCCCACUUUGGAGAAUGGAAAUCCAGCGUUUGAUGUGAACUUGGGAAUGUUUAUCCCAGGCUAGCUGAUGGUGUGAAGUGGCUCUGGGAUUCAGAGCAAGAGCGUUCCCCAAGCCCAGCUAGCAGCGUAUGUAGGCAGUCCUGGAGUUACUGAAUAACAUGUACUGUGUCUUGCUGGGCCUUGUCUGGUUUUUGGAGAAUGGGGGUGGGAGAGAGAGAGUGGUGAAGCCUUUUCAUUUAUCUGACUUGCUUCUGAUAUGCACAUCAUCACAUAGAGUUCAUGCAUAAGCCUUGGUUUGCUGCACACCUGUAUUGUGUGGAGACCUAAGCACAAAGCACAUAAUUGUCUCAGAAAAUUCUUGUGUUGAUAUUAUUAGGUCUUCACAUGAUGCAGGUAUAAAGUGAAGCAAGGCUUGUGCGUGGACAGCAGGAGCAUAAAUCUGAAGCAGCUAGCAGAUGAAUCACAUGGCCAUGUGUUUAACCUACAGGAUAAAAAGUUAUCCCAAAGCCAGGCAUGGCUGCACCCAGUAGCAAAGCUGUCCCAUUUUUUCCACUCCUGGAACAUACAAAACAGUUACCCAAAAAACUGCACAUUUUAGCAGGCUGGUGGAUGCUGUUCUGCAUCUGUUGUGCAAAAUGGAGCCUUCCCAUUAACGCACAGAGGGGGAUGUGUGUGUCUUUAAGCGACUUCUGAUAGGCUCAGCAAAGGGAGGCUGCUUUGGUGUAAACCCCUCUGCUUCACAGCCUUCUUUUCUGAUGCACAUCUUAAGCCUAGUUCUCACAGAUAGUAAAAGAUUUUAAAUGUUGCAUGUUUUAUUGCCUUUAAUGUUGCGUUGCUAAAAUUGUGAAGUUGCCUUGAAAUUAUGUAAUGGGGGGUAUUAUAUAAAAAUAAAAUAAGCCUAUGGCUGGGCUGUACAACUUCAGACUACACCGAGGGGCUGAAAGGAUCCCUCCUCCGUGCACCAGAUGUUGGGAGAUGAUAGCUCUUCUAACCCAGCCUUUUUUCCUGCCAUGCUUUAUAAGGUGCAGGAAACUGUAUUGUAUGGUGGGGUAUUCAUUCCUAGACAAGCUAAAGUGGUACAGCUCAGAGCAUACUUCCACCAUUAUGUUUACUGCUUGUGAGAACUAGAGGUGGUGACAAUUUCCUUUUGAUCUGCUGAUUUUGAGUGACGGUGCAGCAAAAUCAUUUUUUUAAACAAAAGAUCUGGAGCUUUUGAAAACCCAAGGUGGUCUGUGUCUUAACUAGAAUAGGAUUGGACGUGGUUUAGCAAGAUCGUUGUUGCGAGUUGAUGGCUGUUGAGGUUGCCAUUCUCUGUUCUGGGGUGUUUUAUUAAUCUGGGCUUAGUUUCAGCAUUUGAGUACAUCUCUGGUCAUAACAAUGGGGCGGAAAGGGAGAUCUCAGAAAAAAAUUAUAAAUUUGAUAACCAGCAUUUAACAGGCACUGACUGAUCUGUGAAUAAAUUUUAUUCUUACUGUCUGA